GAUUCCAACCGCAUCGUCCCCGCCUCACAAGAUCGCUGCGGCCAAUGCAUACCUCCCGAUCUGCUUACUGGAAAUUUGGUGUGGAAGCCUACUUUAGCGCUUCUUCGUAUCAAUUGCAACAGAACCACUGCCUCUGUCCAUUGGAGCACCAAUAAAGACAAAUUUACAGUCGCCAGUGGUGCA